AUGGCUCCCUGGCCACUGCCGCCGUCGCUGCUGCUGCUGCUGCUGCUGCUGGGGGGCUCCACCGCGCGCCCCGCGGCCCUCAGGGCUCCGCGACACUCUGACGGGACGUUCACCAGUGAGCUCAGCCGCCUGCGGGACAGCGCGCGGCUGCAGCGGCUGCUGCAGGGCCUGGUGGGGAAGCGCAGGAGAGCAGUCUGGACCGGGCCCCGGCGGCGGGACAUGCCCGGUGCCCCGGCUCCAGGACUAAUUUUGAUUUGGGGUGGAACAGCGAGCAGGACACCGAGAACCGCACCUCCUGGUUUCAACCCACAGAGGGCCAGGUGUGCCUGCUGUGGUCAGACGAGCCAGCCCUGCAGGCCUGGAUGCCACCCAGAGCCCCUCUGCAUCAGGUCUGGUCUCCCUGGCUGCCUAGUGUGGCUAGGCCUGGUCACAGUUCCAGAGGCGGCUGAAACCACCCAGUGGCCCAGAUGAGGACAGAGGAGGACCAGAGAGGACCCUGGGGCUGGGAGGGGCUGUACUGGGCACUAAUAAAGGAAGAACUCAGACUCGC